AUUAAACUUCUCAAACCCUAAAACGCUCUGUUUUCUGUGUCUGAUGGAGCGCCAGCCCAUCAUCGUCUCCGGCUUGAACCCCGCCGCCAUUCUCCGGUCAACCGUCGGAGCGCCGGCGGAGGACCGGAAAAGGUUCGUGCCCCUCUCAAAAGAUGCUCUCAAUGAUUUCAUUAAGUCCAUUGUUUUGAAGAAGCAAGAGGCCAAAGACCCCUUUUACGUGAUGGACUUGGGCGAGGUUGUGAGUCUCAUGGAUAAAUGGACAACCGCUUUCCCUAACGUCCGUCCUUUCUACGCCGUUAAGUGUAACCCCGAGCCGUCGUUUUUAACGGUUCUAGCCGCCAUGGACUGCAACUUCGACUGCGCUAGCCGAUCUGAAAUCGACUACGUUUUAUCCCUCGGCGUGUCGCCUGAUCGGAUAGUGUUCGCUAACCCGUGCAAGCCGGAAGCCGAUGUUGUCUACGCGGCUAAUGUCGGCGUGAAUAUCACGACGUUCGAUUCGGAGUACGAGGUCGAGAAGAUUAAGAGGCUUCACCCCACGUGCGAUUUGCUCCUCCGGAUCAAGCCGGUCCGCGACGGCAAUGCUCGGUGUCCGAUGGGUCCCAAAUACGGCGCGCUGCCGGAGGAGGUGGAGCCGUUGCUGCUCGCGGCUCGGGCGGCGCGGCUUAAUGUCACCGGCGUUUCGUUCCACAUUGGCAGCGGAGACGCGGACGCCGGCGCGUACAGGGGAGCCAUAGCCGCGGCUAGAGCCGUUUUCGAUACGGCUACUCGGCUCGGCUUGCCCAAACUGCAAGUGCUCGACAUCGGCGGCGGCUUCACCUCUGGACAGCAAUUUAACGACGCCGUCGAGGCCGUCAACCAAUCGGUCCAGGAGUUCUUCGGCGACGAACCGGGUCUGACAAUCAUCGCUGAACCGGGGCGGUUCUUCGCGGAAACCCCUUUCACGUUGGCCGCCACUAUAAUCGGGAAGCGCGUGAGGGGCGAGCUCCGAGAAUACUGGAUCAACGAUGGGCUAUACGGUUCAAUGAACUGUAUUCUAUACGAUCACGCAACUGUGACAGCCACGCCCCUAGCGUGCGCGUCGAAUCUGGCCCCGGGUAUUAUUUGCCGAGAGUCGAAAACGUUCGCGUCAACGGUGUUUGGGCCCACAUGCGACGCGCUUGACACGGUGUUGAGAGAUUACCAACUACCGGAACUACAAGUCAACGACUGGCUGGUGUUUCCAAACAUGGGUGCGUACACGAAAGCUGCCGGUUCAAACUUUAAUGGUUUCAAUACCUCAACGAUUCUCACUCACAUGGCCUAUGCCUAUCCAAAUUAGACUAUACUUAUUAUUAUAAAUUCCUGUUUUUCUUUUAUGUGCUUUUUUAUUGUAACAAUACUAUAAGGAAAACAGGGCGAAAUAAGCUGUAAUUAAGCAUUUUUCUGCUUGCUCCAAGGCUUAUCUAUCUAGUAAAACUUUAUACUAUUUUCGAGUAUUUCGUUCAUUUUUAUUUUU